UUUCCGACAUGAUUUCUUUCUCAAGCCUGCAUCAUAUUCUCCAUAUUUGGUGGUUAAUUUCCAGGCAACCAGAAAGCUCCAACUCGCCCUUCGGUUUCUCGCCUUUUGAACCCACACACUACGAACAGAAACUGCUGAACAAAUAUGGAAUCAACUCUUCCUUGAUAGUUAAGGCAUCUUCCCUGGCUAGACAAGAGUGUCGCGAGAAGUUCCGGAGUGAGUUCUGGAGUUGUCCUGACUUCGAUUUUUCAGACCAAGAGACAGUGCGCACUCAGCUGGAGUCGAACUUAGAAACUAGGGAAUCCGCAUUCAUCGAGGCAAUGCAAGUGGCUGCCGUCGCAUCACUUGUUCACGAGAAAUGCACCAACGGAGACAUCAAAUCAUGUGGUUGCAACGCCAUGCGUCCGGAUUCCGACGUCGACAGAACUUCUGGAGGUUCCAAUGAUGCGGAGAGAAAUGACAUAAUUUCAAUCAGUCGGAUUCCCUCUCAGUUCCUGAAAUCAACAGCACCUGAAGAUUGCGAGGAUAGUUUCAAAGUAGCCCAGAGAUUUGCCCGGCAGAUGUUCGAGAGACCUCUGGAGUCAUUGUCAAGUGAGGACCCGCUGGCUAAGUCAAUCACACUGCACAAUUUCAAAGCCGGUCGAAUGGCACUGAAGAGUGGGGGUGGGGGGAGUGAGAAGCGGUGUCGCUGCGUGGGUCCCAGUGGCUCCUGUGUCACCACCGUCUGCUGGACUCCAAUUAGAUCCCUCUCCCAAACAGCACUCCACUUGAGGAGUCUCUACCACAGAGCUGUACAGGUUUCUGCAUUGCCGAAUGAUCAGUCGCCACAAUCGGAAUUGCGAGUGGAUUUCGUGCCUGAACUAAUUCCCACGAGUGAAUCCGAACUGAAAUCAAACCAACUCGUGUUCAAGACCGACUCCGUCUUCUCUUGUUUGAACCCGGACGCCCUCUGCAAACCCCCUGGGGUCAAAAGGUCAAAGGAGUACCCAAAAGGACUGAAAAGAUGUAAAAAGUGCUGCACUGGAACUUACACAACUAGCGAUAACAAAAUUGUAUGCGCAUAAAAGAGUUCAAU